AUGGUUGGCUUUCUUCCUUCACUUGCAUUUUGCAAAUCCACUAUUGUUAACAGCUUCUUCUGUGACCAUGGACCUGUGUUUAAGAUUGCUUGUGGUGAUUAUUCUCCCAGCUGGAAUAUGGCUGCUGUUGUCACAAUAGCUUUGUUUUUUGGUCCUUUUGGUUUUAUUGCCCUGACGUACGUGUUCAUCGUUUAUGCAAUUUUAAGAAUUGCAUCGUCGGAGAGUAGAUGGAAAGCAUUUAAAACAUGCACUGCCCAUUUAAUUUUGGUAGCUGUGUAUUUUGUUCCAUUGUUCAUAGUUUACAUUGUUGCUUGGAAUAGUGUAUACAUUGACACUGAUACUCGAAUUAUUAACACAUCUCUGUCUACUUCCCUCCCUCCACUUCUCAAUCCAAUUAUUUACUCUCUAAAAACCAAAGAAAUAGUGUUUGGUUUUGAUAAGAUGUUCAGAUCACAUAUCAGUGAAAUCUUUUCUAUAAUAAAAUUCAUGUUAAAAAUGACUUUCAGGCACUUUCAAGCUUCAGAGUGGUCUAAGUCAGGGGUGUACUCUCUGGUCUGCUAUACCUUCUCUCUGUAA